AUGCAGCACGCUCAAAAGCUCGUCGAGGCUCACAUUUCCGACCCAAAUAUAGCACACGGCACAAUCGACCGCCUUUCUGCAUUCCUGCAGAAUGACGCCCUUUUACGAUCACCAUAUGAUCAUAGGAAGGAAAUAGAAGAAGCUAAGAUCGAGGUCGCUCUACUCACCGGUAACAGUCCCUAUGCAGAGGUCCGUGCCGUCGUCGAUCCUCACGACAAUCCAAACUUGCCAUGUGGAACCAUCCGUGCUUGGAUCAUUGGUUUAUUCUUUGUUGUCGUCAUUGCCUUCAUCAAUCAGCUGUUCAGUGUCCGCCAGCCGACGAUCUUUGUCCAAGCCCCGGUCGUGCAGCUUCUGUCCUAUCCUGUUGGAAAGUUCGCUGAGCGCGUCCUCCCUGACAUCGGGUUUACUGUCUUUGGCGUCAGACACAGCCUGAAUCCUGGUCCUUUCAACAAGAAGGAGCACAUGCUUAUAUCAAUCAUGGCUAGCGUUGGGAAAACUUUGCCUAGUUCGAGAUAUAUUAUCUUCACCGGAUGGCUCGACAAGUAUUUUGGACAGUCUUACGCAAAGUCUUUUGGGUACCAGAUUUUGCUUGCUAUAUCCACCAAUCUCAUGGGUUUUGGCCUUGCGGGUCUCUGUCGAAGAUUCUUGGUCUACCCGUCCUUUUGCUUAUGGCCAGCAACACUGGUCACCAUCGCUCUUAACAGCUCGCUUCAUAAUGGUGUGAAUAACACUGUAUCCGGUCCAUUCCGAAAGCUGUUCACGAUUUCACGAUUCCGGUUCUUCUUGACUGCCUUCUCGUCAAUGUUUGUCUAUUUCUGGUUCCCCGAAUAUAUCUUCCAAGCCCUGAGCGUCUUCAACUGGAUAGCGUGGAUCGCCCCGAAUAACUUCAACCUCACGGCCAUCACGGGAAUCAAAAAGGGGCUCGGCUUCAAUCCGCUUCCUACCUUUGACUGGAAUAUCGUGACACAUGUCCAAGAUCCCCUCAUUGUGCCUUAUCACGUUACAAUCAAUACGUUCUUUGGUGUUCUCUUGGGCGGUAUUACUAUUAUCGGCAUGUAUUGGACUAAUGCUUACAACACUGGGUACCUUCCAAUCAACACAAACGCCAUGUUUGACAGAUUCGGAAAAUCAUACAAUGUGACGCGAAUCCUGGACGGCCAAGGAUGGCUCAACGAGACGAAAUAUGAGGCAUAUUCUCCAGUCUACCUUGCUGCUAGUAGCAUCACCAUGUACUACUACUUCUUUGCGGUUUAUGCCGCCAUGGUAUCAUAUGCUACUCUAUAUCACCGACGAGAUAUUGCACUUGGGUUCAAGAGUUUGUGGAGAAGCAUGAGGAGAAAUGGAACCAACGACUUCCAAGACGUCCACUCAAGGCUGAUGUCGGCAUAUAAAGAAGUUCCCGAAUGGUGGUAUUUGAUUCUAAACAUCGUCGCCGUCGCCGUGGGAGUUGGUGCAGUUGCCGGUUGGCCCACGCAUACGAGCGUCGGUGUUGUGUUCUUCGGCAUUGCGCUUGCCAUGAUCUUCACAAUUCCCACAGGGAUCAUUGCGGCCACAACAGGAAUGGAAGUGGAAUACAAGUCAGACAACCAUUCUCCAUCCAUCUCACCCCGUCUGAAGAGUCGACUGACAUAUUCAAUUAGUGUAUUGGCCGAGUUUAUCGGCGGUGCUUGGCAGCCGGGCAACGCAUUAGCCAUGAACUUUUUCAAGUGCUUCGGAUAUGUCACAACGGCUCACGCGCUCGACUUUGCAAACGACCUCAAGCUCGCCCACUACCUCAAGAUCCCUCAGCGGCAGACAUUUUGCGCGCAGGUCGUUGCUGUGAUUGUGUCUGCCUUUGUGACUACUGGAGUCAUGAACUUCCAAAUUCAAAACAUUCCAAAUCUCUGCGAAACGACCCAAAAGGACCGUUUCUCCUGCCCUGGAGUCAACACCUACUUCACGGCGGCAGUUUUGUUUGGCAGUAUUGGUGCUAGACGUGUGUUUGGUACCAAUGCUCAGUAUACGACACUGCUGACAGCGUUUCCUCUUGGAUUUGCGGUUCCUUUCGUUCUCUACUACCUUCAGAAGCUCGUUCCCCGCAACCACUGGUUUCGCUCAGUCCAUCCUGUAAUGCUCCUUGCAGGCGGUAUCCAUUGGUCUCCAUACAAUAUUGCUUACAUGUGGCCUGCCGUCCUACCCGCUUGGUUUAGCAUGAAAUAUCUCCGAGAGCGACACCUCGCUUUCUGGUCCAAGUAUAACUACGUCCUUUCAGCCGCUUUCUCCUCCGCCAUUGCUCUGGCCGCCGUGGUCAUUUUCUUCGCGCUCAGCUACCCCUCGGUCGAGCUCGAUUGGUGGGGCAAUAGUCCGAAUAGCGGUUGCGAGGCCGAGACCUGCACAAGACUUACGCUUUCCAAAGGACAGUCGUUUGGUCCAGGCCCAGGAGAGUUCCCUUAA